AUGGGAGUCGAGGCAUUCUUUAAUAUCAUUUAUACUUUCAUAUUCGGUGGUAUUAUAGGAUACCAUCUGUCUGAUCAAAUAGGAACAUUGCCAGGACAACCUAAUGUUAAUUUCAGGCAAUUUUCUGGGUAUAUCGAUGUUGAUCCAAAUGCUGGCAGAAGUCUUUUCUAUUAUUUCGUUGAAGCCGAGAAUGAUCCGUUGAGUCUACCCCUCACCAUUUGGUUAACAGGAGGACCAGGAUGUAGUUCAGUUGGAGAUAGCUUUGCUGGUAUUGGUCCUUUCACUACUACAAACAAUGCUCGUGGCCUCAAGAGAAAUCCAUAUGCAUGGACCAAAGUGUCAAAUAUGUUAUUUAUCGAUUCACCAAUUGGAUCUGGAUGGUCAUAUUCAAACACAAAUAGUGAUUAUCAAGCUGGAGAUGUUAGCACAAAUGAUGACUUGGUUGUAUUCAUACUGAAGUGGUUUCAAAAGUAUCCGAUUUUCAAGUUUAGAGACUUAUAUCUUGGUGGAACAAGCUAUGCGGGACACUUCGUACCUAAUUUGGCUAACACUUUACUUCAACGCAACACUGAAUCAAAGAGUUUGAGGUUUAAUGUUAAAGGAGUGUUGGGCGACCCCCUUCUUCGGUAUAAGCUAGACAUUCUUGCAGAAUAUGAAUUGUAUGCGUCGAAAGGAAUGAUUCCUAAAAAAUUGUACAAACAGAUCUUGAAACAUUUCAAUGGAAACGAUGAAGACAACUAUUACGAUAAUCCCACAAUAUGGUCCGAAGCAUUCCAACAGGCCAUGAAUAAGGUCGAAAUGAUUGCUUUUAACGUAAGUUCAGUUGUAGAAGCUAAGCAAAGGCAAUUUGAUCUUUUUCGAACACCAUGUGAUGGAAAAUUUGAAGAUCUAUACUCUGGAAAAGAGGUUACCAAGAUUAUGGAUGAAGUAGAUAUGUGCAUUCCUUUAAGGACAGAUUUCUAUUUCACCCUUCCUGAAGUUCAAAAAGCUUUCCAUGGAAAUCGAACCACCUUGAGCUAUCAAUAUGCGGGAUGCUUCGAGAAAAGUGGUCUCAAUUACAGCUUAGCUGACAAACAUAUUGACAUGCUUCCGACAUUGAAGCAAAUUCUCGAACAAUCCGUUCCUAUUACCAUAUUCAGUGGAGAAGAUGAUGGAACAGUGCCUAUGAUUGGAACCUUAAGGCAUCUUAAAAAGUUAGCCAACGAUAUGAACUUUAAUUUGACCAAAAAUGAAGCUUGGAAUCAUAAAAACAAGGAAGGAGGGUGGCUGUACAAGUUCGGAGAUUCAUUAACUUUCAUGUCUGUAAAAGGAGCAAAUCAUCAUGUGCCAUUGUCUAAACCAUCUCAAGCUUUAUAUAUCUUCACAAAUCAUGUAAUUGAUCCAUCAAAUUAA